CUCCACUUCAGCUCUAGGAUCAGCGGGCCAGCCUGCAGAGCGCUUCCGGAGGCGGAUAAUCCCCAUCUCCACACGAAGCCCUAAUGCAAUCAGGAAGGAAUUGCUAUAACUCACCUCAAGGGAAACACGUUUUCUACACAAAUGGAAGUUACGACCUAGAAGUGAACCGUUAGGAGAAGCUUGGACGAGGAGAGAGAUGGAUAUUUGCGCCUCACAUUUUCUUUAUUGUGUAAAGACCAAAAUCUGACAUUGAUAAGCCGAUCCUCUAUAAUGUGACAGCUGCUGUCUCAUUACAUCUAGUUUGGAGAGACGACUGAAAGAACAUCCUGCUUGCAUUUUCCUAUUUCAGCACCAUGGUGACAUACAAUCUGGUUUUAACUUUUGUUAUUGCGGCUCUUUGGCGGGUCAGUGGCAUACCAGAUACUCUUUCUUCACCCGCGACGCAGUUAAAUUCAACAUCAUCAUCCAUCAUAAGCGAAGAUGAACUGACAAAUAAUGUCACAGAUGCUGCCGUGGGAUCCCGCAUUUCAUCUCUAAUGACGCAUCUCCCAACUCUGAAAAACAUUGUUAUUUUCAUCUGCGUGUUAACAGCUGCUCUCAUCACAUGCCUGGUCAUCAAAGUGGUCAGAUCUGGGAGACGAAUCAGAAAAACGCGGAAAUAUGACAUUAUAACAACACCUGCAGAGCGUGUAGAGAUGGCCCCUCUCAAUGGGGAGAACGAUGAUGACGAUGACUCAACUCUGUUUGAUGUCAAAUACAGGUGAAUCCCAGCAUGGACAUCUAUAUUUGAUAACUCCGGGACAAUUCAAGUGAUUUCCUCUAUUUUUGUGUUGCCAAGUCUCACCAAAUCAGCAACUUCACAUGCUGCUUGUGCAUGGCUUUUUUUCUGUGUUUAAAGGCCUGGAGCCGCAUAGAUAUCUAUUGUUCAACUGUUUGCUGCUUUACUGACGCUUCUAUCAUGUGGCCUAAAUACCUGCCCAAUUCUUUCUACUGUUAAAGAUCAGGAUGCUUCAUGUUGUGAAUUCUUCUCAAAAGUCAUUCAGUAAUCAGGCUGUUUGUGACUUGGUGUUCAGUCAUCUUCAUAACAACUCAUGAUAUGGAAAUUACAUUUUCUGACAGUUAUUGUCAUUUAAAGUAAAUUUUUUAAACUUGAGCUACAGCAUGUUUGGCUGAGAAGUUUAUAGUAGGAAGCAAUGCCUCCUUUGAAGCAAUGAUCUACCCGUAUUCAAAUGCAGGAUUAAUCACACUUUGUGAUUUGAGUGAAUAUGUAAUCUUUAAAUGAAUACUCGGUGACCACUAAAGACCAUCAGUUAAUACAUAAAAUGUUAACAUGUAACAAAUAUUGUGCAGAGAAUACUUUAUUUAAAUGUAACAUUUGCAUACUGAAGAAUCUACAGUAAUUGAUAUUUUUAACUAAACUUUCAUACCAAAUAUAUUUCUAUCUACUAACCACUUUAUUGUGCAAAUAUACUGAAGACUUUCCGUCCUUAUGUAUGGAGUAAGCGUAAAUAUUUUUUUACCGUGUGUUAUUUUAGACAUUCCUAUUUUGCUGCUAUCUCAGCCGAAAUUUUACAUUUUCAAGGUUUCAAAUUUGAUUAAAAUCUCAAAGAAUAUUGUCAGGAUAUAUUUGAUGUAUAGAAUACAUCCAUUUGCUAUGAAUGUGAAUGCUGUAACCUGUUGUGAUCAGGUGUGUUCAAUCAUGUGACAGUUUCAUUUAAUCAAGUAAUCACUGAACAAUGUCAACAACAGGUUUAAAGAUUGCAGCGAUGUAGUUACAGUAUUGAACAUGUUCAACAUGCACCCAGUGUCUUAUUUUCUUAAUCAAAACAUUUUAUAUAAUGUCUAGUUACUCAAUUCAAAAUGAUCCCCAAAAUCUGGUAUCCCUUGUUUGAGGCAGUAGGUGAACAGCUAGUCCAGUAUUAUGUAAAGUCUCCCGCAAAAAAAUCCAUUAAUGGAUCACUGACUCUUGUAAUGUCUAACUUGAAAAUGGCAGUUUUUUUCCGCUGAAGAGUUGCUUUACUGUACUGUACUACAGAUGGGAUUUUUCUGGGCUCUCAAUGUAUUAAAUUUACUAUUUUAGAUGCAGUGGUAGCUUGCAGAGAGACAAACCAGUACAAACUGCCAGCUACAGUACUAUACCGAGCUAUGGCCCAGUGUAUUCUUCCUUGAGUAAAGGCAACACUGGCUUUGACUGUUGAUGGAAACAUUUUGACAUUUGAGUCUAAAAUAGAGGUUUUACCUGAUACUGACAAAGUCCUCAAAUGAUUUGGCCCAUUAGAUAAGUCUUAAAUUACUAUUAAAAACAAUGAACACCGUAACUAGUUUGUUAUAUCUUUAAUUCAAAUAUCAAAUACACAAUAAUCAACCAAAAGUCUGAUUUAAAGUAAAUGAAAAAAAUAGCAGAGGGGUUCACAAACCAUCCUUGUUUCUGUCUGCACCCCAAAUGUAAUUACAGUAAAAUCACUACAAUGCCGAGUACUCCCAAGUUAGGUUCCUGCAGCACAUGUGAGUGUUGUAGGUGACCUUCUGUUUUAAUCCAAACUGUUAUUUGAUAGUGCCCCAUGGCCUACAGGUGCAGCUGUUUCCAAAUGACCUCCAUCUCUAGUUAACAGGAAAAAAACAAAACAGAAAAGAAACUGCAAUCGCCAAUCUUUCCAGGAGAAAGAACAUUGUGCAUUUUCCUUUGUUGUCACAGAAGACUGGAUACAUUUAUUGUCACUGUUAGAUAUACAAGCGGCAUGUAGGAGUGUGUGGGGGAAGGUCAUCCAUUCAAUCAUACAUUGAAUCAUAUGUGAAUCAAAUAUUUUUGAUAUUAUGUCCUUUAGCAGACUGCUGACUUUUUCAUGUGUUUUCCAUCAGUCUAUACCACUGUUCAUUUCAGUAUUGUGUCAUCUUAGUUUUUCACUGUAUGUGCAGAAAACAUGUGCAGAUCCAUUUUUGUGGCACUGCUAAAUGUAUCUCAGGUGAUUAUGUCACCCGUGUACAGUUAUCCUCUUCCGUCUUGGCAAUGUCCUUUAUUUUAUCUUUAGUUGUGUGUGAAAUUGUGGAAAAAGUCUUCUCAUCUAAAAAUGCUAAUUCUGGAAUUUUAUUAGAACUGAAUCAUCUGCUGCAUAAAGUUCCUCUUGUAAAAUGAAUCAAAGUCAUUGUGGUAGCUAUUUGAAGACUAGCUAAUCUCCCUGAUCCAAUUUAAACCAAAAAAAGUUAAAUGUUCAAACUGCUUUGGACAUUUAUUGAAAACAAGUUGUUUUUUGACACAGGCAUGUUAUGUGUACCCACGCCUGUUUCCUCAGUUUCCAUUUCUUUGAAAACACUACUGAAAUAAAACUGCUUCCUUUGAAGUGUGAAAUCGUUUUAA